AUGGCAAAUGACACACACCAGGAAGCUCAAGCAAGGGCAACGGACCCCCUAAAGGAACCUAGCUUUCAAGGCCGUCUGCAACUGAAAGACUACAUGUUCACUUCCUCAAGCAAGACCUUAACAUCUCCCACCAUGCGGCGCAGUCCAAGGCUGCUGGCGCAUCACAACGCAUCCGCGGCCUCAACAACAACAUCAUCAUCAUCAUCCGCCUCAGCAUCACCAUCCAUGCCCGCACCCAAGGAAGCAACACCAAAAAAGCGGAAAGCAGCUCCCCAGGAAACAACAUCAUCCCCCUCAUCCCCCUCCCCCAAAAAGAAGAAGCGCACCCGCAAAUCCACCGGCUACGCCCCUCCCUCCACCUACGCGCACCUCCCGCACCUCCCCGACGCCAUCGGCCCCAACCUGCUCAUCCUAUUCAUCGGGCUCAACCCAGGCGUGCAGACGGCGCGCACGGGGCACGCCUACGCUCACCCGUCGAACCUGUUCUGGAAGCUGCUACACUCCUCGGGCAUCACGCCCGACGGGAUCUGCCGCGCGCAGGACGACCGGCUGAUGCCGGCGCGCUUCGCGCUGGGCAACACGAACAUCGUGGCGCGGCCGAGCCGCAGCGGCGCCGAGCUGAGCAAGGCCGAGAUGGACGAGGGCGUCGCGGCGCUCGAGGACAAGUGCCGCCGCUACAGGCCCGAGUGCGUCUGUGUGGUCGGCAAGGGCAUCUGGGAGAGCGUGUGGAGGGUCUGGAAGGGGAGGAGUUUAACCAAAAACGAGUUUCGGUAUGGCUGGCAGGAGGAGCGGAUGGGGGCUGUGCCGCCGCGGCCUGGGUCGAUGGUUAAGGCUGGGGCUUGGAAAGGGGGUGGUCGUGGUCGUGGUGAGAAGGUGAAGGUGGAGGGUGGAGACGGAGACGCCUCCGGAGUGAAGAGGCAAGUGUAUGAAGAUACAGACACAGACGAUAGCCCCUGGGAGGGUGCUAAGAUCUUCGUCGCGACGAGCACAAGCGGUCUUGCGGCCACGCUGAGACCGGAGGAGAAGGAGCGGAUAUGGAAGAUCCUGGGCGACUGGUGUGUGCAGCGGCGGAAGGAGAGAGAGGAUGAAGCCGUCAAAGAGAAGGCCGAUCCUUGA